GACGUCAAAGGUUUUGAACCUCAGCGACCGCGCGUAGGGCUAAUGGAUUAGCUAUACAUUUUACGAUUUAUUGCCAGCUUGCCAACACAAGUUAUCAGUUUUUACGAGCUGAUUUUUUUUAAAUUCUUCUUUGUAUUCUUUUAGCUGUGCGCUUUGAUCCAAAGGAUGGAUCUUCAAAAAAUAAUCCACGACGCGCUGUACGACUUCAUUUUGUCAUAUAUUCCUCACGCGGAUCUGAGUACUCUAGAUGAUGUGAUUUUGUCCUACAUCACCGGGGUGCUAGAGGAUUUGGGAUCUCAAGAAAGUGUGGAGGAAAACUUCGAUGUGGAGGUGUUCGUUGAAAUGUUGGAAGCAUACAUACCUGGUUUUUCAGAUAUUGACAGUGUCAAAGUUUGUGAGAUGAUGUUUAAUCUGGCAUCAAAGUUGGCCUCAGCCCGAGACACAGAAUCUGAAGAUAUGAAAAUAGAAGAAGGUAACAUUUCCCUCUCAGAAAGCCCUUCUUUAACCAACGGAGGUUCAAAUGAAAAGACACACAACCUCACAUUACAAACAGAGGGAGCCACAGCUCAGGUAAGUGAAUCAUCGUGGGACACACAUGAGCAACAUCUUCUUGAGAUGUUUCCUAAAUGCAGUGUGACUGAGGCCAGAAGUGCGCUGUCUAUUGCUAAAGGAGACAUGGAAGAAGCUGUUCGUCUUAUUAUUGAGGGAGAUGUCCAGCUUAAGUGCCCAACGUCUCUCGAUGCAAACCAAGGGAAGAUUGUUUCUGCUGAAGUUGAUCAGAAACUUAAAGCAAGCAUUUUAGAAAAGUACAUGCUGGUUGAUAGUGAAGAAGACAAGAAAGUGCACAGACCAGUCACUCCAAAAGAUGCUCCUAAGAAACUGGUGCGCUAUCAUGGCAGUCAGGUGGUCACCACAAAGGGAGAGCGAUACCACCUAGUCAAGAAAGAAGAACCGGAUGACAUGAAGAAGACUUAUGUUAGUCUCAAACCAGCACGCAAAUAUCGUUUUCAUUGAUGUCAGGAAUCUUCUUGCUGGACCAUUCAAAGUCAACCCUCUUUGUUUUUGAUAUCUGUGUCUGGUUAUCUGACUGGAAACAAAUGAUU